UUACGUCAUGCCAAGAUGGCAGCCUCCAUUGUGGAGAGUGGGGAAGAUGCAUUUAGAAAAAUAUUCAAGUUUUACAAGAGAAGAAACCCCCCGCCAGAUUUCACCGAUGUUAUUGACUUUUCCAAAGAUGUUCUGAGUAACAAGAUAGUUCCAGCUAAAUUGGACCCUGCUGCAGUGAGUGAUGUGGAGGCUGCCAAGGUUGGAUUAAAACCUGUCAUAGACUGGAGAGCCUUCGGCCUGCAGGGCUACCCAGGGUUCAUCUUCAUCUCCAAUCCAUUCCUGCUGGGCUCCAGACCCUUCUGGGUCAGACAGUGUCUGAAGACCUACCCUCAGAAGCCCAACGUCUGCAACCUGGACAUGCACAUGCCUCCCUCUGACACCCAGGACAUCUGGGGAAAGAGCAUACAUGCCCUCAGUUGUCCUCCUUCUGGAAAGAGAGAACAAAAGAGUCUAUUGGAGAGGCUGCGCUGGGUCACUCUGGGAUAUCAUUACAACUGGGAUUCCAAAACUUACUGUGCCAAAAAUUACACUCCUUUUCCAACUGAUCUCCACUUGCUGUCCUUCCAAAUAACAGCUGCCUGUGGGUUCCCAGGAUUCAACGCAGAGGCUGGAAUCCUCAACUAUUACCGAUCUGAUUCCUCUCUAGGAAUCCAUGUGGACGAAUCAGAACUAGAUCAUAGCCGACCACUACUGUCAUUUAGUUUUGGGCAGUCAGCCAUCUUCCUCCUGGGAGGCACAUGCAGACAGGACCCCCCCACUGCUAUGUACAUGCACAAUGGGGAUGUGAUGGUGAUGUCGGGACAGAGCCGCCUCCUUUACCAUGCUGUCCCACGCAUCGUCCCAGCACCGCAGGGACAUACCAUUUUAGAGAUGGAAGGCUGCAGCCUGGCCUCAUCCCUGCAGGACAACACUGUGGUGGAGAGGAUGUCAAAGCAAGACUGGGAGGUGUGCUCCAAAUACAUGCAGACUUCCAGAGUGAAUGUGACUGUCAGACAGGUGCUGGGGCCUGGGCAGAGCUUUCCAGAAACACCUCUUAUCAAACCAAGGACUGAUGCAGGCCAGCUAGCCGGGUACCAUAAUGAACCAGCAGAUAGAGAGAGUGAGAGGAUGAGGAAGAGUAGGAGCUGUGACUCUGUUGAUACUGAAGAGUGAUGAAAAAAAAGACUACCUGCUGUAACACUCACUUAGAGAUAUGACACUGCAGGGGAUAUAUGUAUUUGAUACCAUAGUCGUCUUUUGCAAUGAUAUUGUAUUACUUGUCACCCUGAUUAAAGAAAAAGAAGAACCCACCUCAGUGAGAUGUGCUCUCAAUACUUAGGCCUGGUGCGUAGUUAAUGGAUGUCCAGCAAGGUCCACCCACCGUCUGUCCGAGCUCAUAAAUAGAUGAUUCAUAAUAAGGCAUCAAAACCAAACCUCUAGCACCAACCACACUGAAUAGUCAAGUUCAGGGUAGGGUGGGUAUUGUUCUAACUGCUAAAAUAUUGUAUUGGCUUUUAGUGUACAUUCCCACAUUUGCAAAGGUUCCAAAAUAACUAAUAGCCUGAAAUGUGGGGAAAUCUGUGCAAAAUCCAGAAUUGUUGCAUUUCGUUUAAUAAUCAAGCCGUAAAAAAAAAUGGAAUUUGAGUUUUAAUAUUUCCUCCAGUGGAAACAACAUGGUGUUUCAAUGAAUCAGAUACAUGUAGAUGUUUGUAUGUAGUAUGUGUGUAUAGUUAAGUCUGUAAGUAGUGCAGUGGCAUUCAUGAUUGCCACUGUGUACUCUAGCACAUUAUAGCAGAAACUAAACAAAGUGUGUAAGGUCAAAAUGUUGGCGUUUGGUUUUAAGGAUGUUUGAAUGUGUUUACAUACAUGUUGGAUGCUAAGUAGGACUUUUUAUUUGAGGAAAAUGGUUCUAAACAUACAGUGAUAGCCAGUGAAAUGUAGACGGAUGAAUCAGUCAUGUGACUUCAAUCUAACGGAUUCUCUUUCACUGCUGAAUACCAAACUGAAGGAAAUAGCCCUACAAAAUGUAAGAAAUUAAGAUAUAAAUGAAGAUUAUAUGAUAAAGUUAUUCAAAUUAGAGUGAUUUAUAAAAAUGGCUAAACUUGCACUCAUUAAAGUUAAAUCUAAAUACAGAUUGCUACAGAGUUAAUGUUGCAAUAAAAGCUGUCACUGUACAUAUACAUUAGUAUAGUGCACUAUUGUCAUUAGUAAACAUUUUUUCUGUGAUAAUUUGUCUUAAUUUAAGAAAUUCAAAAAUUCAAAAAUUGAAGCGAUUUAAGAUUGUUUUUUUAAGAGAGGAAUUUCUAAAUUCAUACAUACUGAGUUUGAUCCAUUAUUGCUACUAAAGUAAGUUUGUGAGGAUGCAUACUUAUACCUUAUAUACACCUGCAUUAAAAUGCAGUCUGCAUCUUGAUAAAGCAAAAACACGUUAAUGUAGGUUUAAAUGCAUUCAUAAUGCCUUGGAAUUGACAUGCCAUCAGAUUAGCCAGACCGAUAGUGAUGGCAGUUCGAGAUUUUUUUUUGUGAGCCAGAUCAUUUGGCUCAGCAGUAAGAGCCAUCUCUUUCAUCUCCCAAACAGCCCUUCAUCUAGUACCAUUUCUUACUUUUAUAAAUCAGCCAAAUUUUGCAAUAUUAUGACCUAUGAUUGGUAUGUGUUCAUGUAUAUCACUGAAAUUAUUCAUUGUAAUUAUACUAGACCUUAUAAUUUCCAGAAUACCAUAAUUUUUACAUUGUCUGGUAUAAAAACAUUAAUGUAAAAACAUUAAUGCUACACAUUUAUACAUUUUAUUUAUAUUGAACG